AGGAGACUGGAAUUGGCGGCAUGAAAUGGCAGGAAUUUGAGCCCAAAACAUUCGAAGAGACUGAUGUCGACAUCAAAAUCACCCAUUGCGGUAACGUCUAUCACCAUAUUUAGCCGUAUCUUAAGGCUCAAUGCAUGGCGUUCAUCUCACACAAUUUCCCAUAUCAGGUAUCUGCGGAACAGAUUUGCACACUCUGAGCAGUGGGUGGUAUCCAACAGACUAUCCCACCUGCGUUGGUCAUGAGUAUGUGCGAACCAUGUCAAACUUCACUUUUCAUAUCAUUCAUCCCUUCCGCCCCGUCCACAAAUAUUGCAAGUCCACCAGACGACUGACAACGACCAAAAUCCAGACUCGUCGGCUCAAUCACCAGAGUUGGCGCCAAAGUUUCCCCAGAGCUUCAAGUCGGCCAGAUCGCCGGCGUCGGCGCACAAGUUGGCUGUCAGUCUCUUUCUCCCUCUUUACAGUCGUCUUCCCCAGCUCUUUCCUCCAUGUUCAGAAAAUACAACUCCAAGAAUCCCCCUCUAACAUUGGCUCCGCAGCCUGCGCUGACUGCGAGGAAUGCACUUCCGGUCUCGAGAACUACUGCUCCAACCUCAUCCCGACGUACAACGGACGAUACGCCAACGGGGAGAGAUGCAUGGGAGGCUACGCCAACUACUGGCGCGGACCAGGCGCAUUCGUCUUCCGGAUCCCAGACGGCAUGCCACCUGCUGAAGCCGCACCGAUGCUUUGCGCCGGAGUGAGCGUCUACUUUCCGCUGAAAACGCACGGAUGCGGUCCCGGCAAGAAAGUCGGCAUCAUUGGAAUCGGCGGCCUCGGCCAUUUCGGCAUCUUAUUCGCCAAAGCGCUGGGCGCAGACAAGGUCUUUGCGAUUUCGCGGUACAAUUCGACUUCUGCCAGCGGUGCCUCGAAGCGCGAUGACGCCCUGCGGCUCGGCGCAGACGAGUUCAUCGCGACAGAAGACGAGCCCGGGUGGGAGACUAAGCAUGCGAGAUCUUUGGAUCUAAUCAUUAGCACGGUUGCCAGCCCAAAGAUGCCCAUACUCUCCUACCUCUCCCUUCUCCGCGUCAACGGCACGCUUAUCCAGCUCGGCGCACCAGAGGACACUCUCCCCCCGCUCAACGCGCACUGGUUGAUUGGCAAAGGCGUCAAACUUGGGGGGUCACUAAUCGGCCCGCCGAGCGUGAUUCGCGAAAUGCUCGAGCUUGCAGUGGAGAAGCGCGUGCGGCCGAUCGUGCAGGAGCGACGCAUGAAGGACGCGAAUCAGGCGUUGCUCGAUAUGCAGAAUGGUUUGGCCAGGUAUAGGUAUGUGCUUGUAAAUGAGGACGAUGAGGAAGGAGGGCGUCAGGAAGCGAAGCUAUAGAGGGAGCUAUCUAGCGAUUCUUGAGGUGGGUUGCGAAAAGAGGAGUUGCAAGGAGAAAGCGUAUCGUGUAUUUGUCAGGCUAUUUUCGAGAUAUCGUCAUCUCAUGGCGUCAUGUUGGGGAGUUGAGAGGUUGUAUGCAGUAGAGGUGGCAAAGUUUAUAUAAUGCGUGAGAAGGAUAAUUCUAUACAGCGUUUGGUGAAUAGGCAAUGUGUAAGAUCUAUGUAUAAAAAUGGGGACAGUAGAAGAAGAAGGGUUGAAAGAGGAUGAGGAUACCAUAGACGAAUUGAAGAAUGAAAGAAUCAAAGGAAAAGGGGUUC